GUUUGUAAUGAAGUGUUGAAUCGAGUUAAUCGUGUUUAUUUGCUCAUUAACAAACUAAAGAUUGUUUUGUGGUUUGUUGAAUUAGGUUAAAUGUUUUAAAUACUUAAAAAAUGUCUGUAUCUGCUGGCGAGUUAAAAUAUAUACUUCGGAAAUAUGCAUUUCCCGCAUGCACGACGGAAGCUCUUACUCGAAUCGAGCACUUGCUUUCCGGCCGAACUGCUCCUACAAACAAGCAGUUGGAUAUUGUGAUGGAUGUAAUAGCAGAGUUCGUUUUCUGCGAAUCUGACCGGCGUAGCGGCCGCAGAGGCCCGGGUCUCACGCCGCUUCAGGAAGUGCAAGUCGUUGAUAUUAUUUGUGAAUUUAUAUCGGACCUUAGCGAUGAGACUACAAAAAAUACGAUAUUUCUGUCGUUGUUCGGGGGUAUGGAGAGUCAGAAACGGUUGAACACCCUGAGCAUCCUAGCCAGUAUGGCAAUAUCUGCCAGUAGUACUCCUGCAUUGUUGGCAGUAGGUGUUUGGCUCCAACAAAUGGGCUGCUCAUCACCGCAAUCCAUCCAACUGGUUGAGAACAUCAUCCGUGACCACUUUUAUCUGAACACAUCCAACCAGGCGGCGCUGCGGUCACUCGCCAACACCGCACCACAGUUUGUAGCCAACUUCAUCACAGCGGUUACAGAGCUCUACAUGGAUGACAGUCAUGGCACUAAAAAGCCAUUGAAGAAUCUCUUAGAAGUUAUCACAUUUUGGGUUUAUUCGAACCCCACACUGUGCAUGUCAGCACAACUGAACCCCGCACAACUGCCGAGUGGUUCCAUACCCAUGGCGGCGGUCACUCCGCUCGCUGGCCUUAUACGAUGGUGUGCUUUGGCGCCAUUAUGUUGUGACCAGACUCUUGAAGAUGGAGAACUAAUAAUACCAAUGAAGAAAAUAAAAUUAGAAAAUGAAAAUGAAAGAUCAGUGGUAAAAACAAUUCAACAAAAACCGUUUACAGAAGCUGAGCUAUAUAUUAAGCUACAUCUGGGUGUACUGCACAGUCUACGUGCUGGCAGGAGGACUCAUGGACCACCAACAGCGGUGAAUGCUCAGCACUUGGUGGCUCUUGUACCCAUAAUUCAGGAUUAUGCACAGCAAGAACUCAAAAAAGGAGAGAAUUUACAGAAUAAUCAGAAGUUGCAGGAUUGUCUAGACAGAAUAGGACAAGCAAUGCAAGUAGCCCUUGCUAAUGGCUGUGUCUAUGGAAAUAUUAGUAACUUGCUCUCUGCAUUAGACACCUUGCCAGAGAACAGACUGCUGCGCAUCAUCAUCAAAACCCACCAACAAUCAAUUUGAUUGAUGCAUGAGGAACAAAUCCAGCCAUUUGUGAUCUGGAACUGCAAGCUCAGCAGAAAAAAUGAACAAUGUUAAUAUUAAGUUGUGAAAAAGUAUGUGAUGUGCUGUAUGAUGUUAAAAUAAAGCUGGUCAUGAACAGGGAAAUUAUGUACCCAUAAUUAAUUGUUGCCUAAUGAAUAUAUAACUUUCCACUGUGGAUGAUUGUAGAUGUAAGAUGUAAAUACCUUGUAAAUAAAAAAUAUAUUAAGUCAA